CACCUUUCUCCCUGUCCUGGCUAUACAUGUGUCUGUGUGUGUAUCUGUGUGUGUGUGAGUGUGUUUGUGAGUGUGUCCACUGAUGCAAACCUCACUUGAACUUUCUGGUUAGGCUAUGGUCCUGCACUCUCUUUGCUUUGCUAUAUUUGGACGUUUCUAACUGAAGAGUUGACAAAUGAGACUAGAGCCCUAGAAGAUGUACUACGUGAAAAAGAAGUCCCAAUACAACUUGCUGAGCAGCAGCAUGGAGAGCCUGGGGAGCCGUGCGACGUCCGCCAGCCCCUACAGCUCCGAGAACGCCUCCUCAUCGGCCGUGCCCACCCCCUCGCCCUACUCCCAGCCCAACUCCACCUUUGAGGGCCUGUCGCCUGCCCCGGCCAUCCCCUCCAACACCGACUACCCCGGACUGCACGCCUUCCAGGUGUCCUUCCAGCAGUCUAGCACCGCCAAGUCAGCCACAUGGACUUACUCGCCCUUGCUGAAGAAGCUCUACUGUCAGAUUGCCAAGACCUGUCCGAUCCAAAUCAAGCUGUCCUCCUCACCUCCUCAUGGCAGCAUAAUCAGAGCAAUGCCCGUCUACAAGAAGGCGGAGCACAUCACGGAAGUGGUCAAACGCUGCCCCAAUCACGAACUAGGACGAGACUUCAAUGAUGGUCAAGCAGCCCCGCCCAGUCACCUGAUCCGAGUGGAGGGAAAUAACCUCUGUCAGUAUGUGGAUGAUCCUGUCACUGGUCGGCAGAGUGUCUUCUUGCCCUAUGAGGCUCCACAGGUGGGGACUGAGUUUACCACCAUCCUGUAUAACUUCAUGUGCAACAGCAGCUGUGUGGGCGGCAUGAACAGGAGACCCAUCCUGAUCAUAAUCACUUUGGAAACCAGGGAUGGUCAAGUGUUGGGCAGAAGGUCAUUCGAAGGUCGAAUAUGUGCGUGUCCCGGCCGAGAUCGCAAAGCAGACGAGGACCACUUCAGGGAACAACAGGCCCUGAAUGAGAGUGUGGCCAAAAAUGGCAGUGCCAACAAGCGCAGCUUCAAGCAGAGUCCACCGAAUAUUCCCAGUCCAAAUAUUAACAUGAGGAAGAGGCGGCAUGGAGAAGAAGAGAUUUACUAUAUUCCUGUUCGUGGUCGGGAGAACUUUGAGCUGCUGAUGAAGAUCAAAGACAGUUUGGAGCUGGUGGAGCUGGUGCCACAGCCACUGGUGGACUCCUACAGACAACAAACACAGCAGCAGCUUCUGCAGAGACCGAGCCAUAUAGCAUCCCCCUCAUCUUACUCGCCACUCUCCAACAUGAACAAGCUUCAUGCGCACGGAGGCCUCAACAAAUCGGCCUCGGUCAACCAGCUGGUGGGGCAGCAGCCCCAGCAACACCAUACUGCCCCCACCUCCAUAGCUCAUAUGGGUUCAAACAUGCUCAACACCCACCACAUGCAGGGAAAUGGUGAUAUGAAUGGAGGCCACAGCAGUCAGACUAUAGUGUCUGCCUCCCACUGCAGCCCGCCCCCUCCGUAUAACCCUGACCCCAGCCUCGUCAGUUUUCUUACCAGUCUUGGCUGUCAGAACUUCAUUGAGUACUUCACCUCCCAAGGCCUACAGUCUAUCUACCAUCUCCAGACUCUCUCCAUGGAGGAUUUAGGUGCACUGAAGAUACCAGAGCAGCCCCGCCUGACCAUCUGGCGAGGUCUGCAGGACAUGAAACAAGGUGCUCCCCUCCAACUGCCUGCCUCCACACAUCACCAUGACUAUCACGGCCAGCAGCUCCUUCGCUCCAGCAGCAACAUGGCUGCCUCUGCCAUGGCAGCCAUUGGGGCUGCCAGCGGGGAACUCCAACGUCAGCGCGUUAUGGAGGCCGUGCACUUUCGUGUCCGCCACACCAUUACCAUACCCAACAGGUCAGGGGUUGUUGGGACCUCAGGGAUGGCAGCAGCUACUGAUGAGUGGGCGGACUUCGGUUUCGACAUGCCCGACUGCAAGCUGUCACGUAGCAAGCACUCCAUUAAGGAGGAGUUCAUGGAAAGUGAUGUUCACUGAGCCAGAAGCGAAUCUCUUUGGACUAUUUUCCAAUAUCAUUGUCAGCAUCAGGCUAUUGACAAAGUAAAAGCAUGUGGAUAAGGUCUUGUGCUUUUAGGUGUUGCUGUCAUAUUUCAUCGUGUGAUAUUGCAGAGAAUCCAGUUCCAGUUUGAUUGUGGGACAUUUUGGUGAGGUAAUGCACUUUUCUGUGCAGUCUAUUUUGUGCUUGAACAAUUGUUUCACGAAGAGGAUUGAACAUGAGAUGAAAACGACAUCUCUAGUAUAAACAGCAAACACCACAAUAGGUAAAGCAUUGUCAAGGCCAGACUAUACGUUUUAGGGCUCUGAUAAGUGUAUGUUAAUAACUAAUAAGUUGUUUGGUUGCACUGUGCAAUAACACAUCACAGUUUUUUUUCUUUUACAGCCUCCAGUUAAAAUUGUUGUGAACAAAAACAUUUAGCAAUUUAACAAUCGCACAAAAGUUGAGAUGUCCCCAUUUCACAACUUGCUAGUUUCAAUUUUGUGUUCCAAUACACAAAAUUAGUUAUCAGCUGACUUAUUUAUUGUUCUUACAGUUUUCGUUUACUUGUACGAAUGUAUAUAAUGUAUCUUGUAAAUGUUUUGGACUAGAUGUGGUUGAAAAGGGGUAUUUAGAUUCAAAAUGGUGUUUCUCUUGUUUGAAUCAAAUGAAAAGAAUUGCAUUGAUAAUCUGGUAUAAACUCAAGGGAACACAUAGCCAUGUACAUUAUAAUGGCUAUGUCAAUGUGAUGACCUUUAGUUCAGUAUACCCUUAUCAUUUCAUUGUUUAAAAUUAGUUUAAUUCAUAAGAAAUACUGUAAUUCUUGUAUAGAAAUACACUGCAAAACAGGUGGAAGACAAACUAUCAAAAACAGUAUUAUAUCUUAAUAACAGGGAAUUAAUCAUAAUUGUGAAUAAUAAACUAAGAAUGACAUCCCUGUUUACCAAGACACAACACAAGACCAUAGCAUUUAGUCCUUCUCUGUGUAUAUUUGAAAAAACCUUGCAGGGCAAGGUCCUCCUAUACUGACUAUAGCUAGUUGUGUACCUAGUAUGUAUCUUCAUGGCACUUGUUUGUGGAUAUUUAAUAGCAACAUUCCAGUUUUAUAUCUAGAUUGCCAUCCAUUAUGAUUAAUCAUGGUCCAGUUCGAGUAAUUGUGUCAAAUUUGUUUGUAGUAACUAUUGACUCUGUACUAUGAUAAGUUGUACCUGACUUACAUCCAUUUCAUUCAUAAAGGCCUCCUCUCUUACACAGGUAAACAUUUGGUCACACACUAACCACCAACUGGUUAAAAAAAGAGCACUUUAUGCUUUAAACGUAAAAUAAUUUAGGAUUAGUUGUGCUUAUGAUCAGUAUUAUGCAUAAUCACAAUGUGAAUAGAAAUAGUGCCUGUUUUGAUAUUCCUGACAAGUUAUUUGUCAUCCGUUUUAUUUUGUAAAGAUUAAGAUGUGUACCUAUAUAACUGCUGUUGUUCAUCAGUGUCCAAUAGUUUCAAAAGCUUGUCAAGUUCAGUGUUUGUUUUUUUUUCCUUAAUAUGGAUAUUAAAAUAUUUGCCUUCC